ACCUUCUUUAAGUUCAUGCGGCUGAAACCAUGGGCGUAUGUAUUUACCAUUUUAAAAAGGAACUUUCCGAAAGGAGAAAGCCCAACACUCAUCUGAAGAAUUUGUUUUCUGUGCAACUGUCUCUCAUCAAUCUCCUUUCAUGUCAUCUGCUUCUACCUGAACGAUCCUUAAAAACCAAAAUCUAUAAAAGUUAGAUUUUCUCUCUCUUUUUAUCAUGCAGUUUAUGUGUUUGACCUUUUGUCUCAACCAAUUUUCUUGAUUUAUUUCACUUUGUUCUUUGUUAAAAGUAUUAUCUCGAGCUGCGUUCGUUUUAAUUUUCAGGUUUUGGGUUUUAGGGUUACUGCGACAUUUGAUGAUUCCAUUUAAGAUUUGCUUGAAAAGACUCUGACCCAUAAUAAAAAGUCGUAUAAUUUAGUGGAUUUCACCAUGGAACCUUUCUACCCAGUUGUUAAGGAAGAAUACCCUUCUAAUAAGCAAUCUGCGAUUAUAAAUAUGCCGCAACCAAUGGAGGGUCUACACGAUGUCGGACCUCCACCUUUCUUGACAAAAAUAUACGACAUGGUGGAUGAUCAAAGUAUUGAUCACAUUGUUUCUUGGAGUAGAGGAGGUCAAAGCUUUGUUGUAUGGGAUCCACAUGCUUUCUCUGUUAAUCUCCUUCCAAGAUACUUCAAGCACAACAAUUUCUCCAGUUUUGUUAGACAGCUCAAUACUUAUGGUUUUAGAAAGAUAGAUCCUGAUAUAUGGGAGUUUGCGAAUGAAGGAUUUUUGAGGGGGCAUAGGGACAAUUUGAAGAACAUUAAAAGAAGAAAGACGCAUUCACAACAAGCUACAAAUCAACCUUGUGUGGAAGUUGGAAAAUUUGGAAUGGAUGGUGAAGUCAAACAUUUGAGACGUGACAAACAGAUUUUAAUGAUGGAAUUAGUGAGGCUGAAACAACAACAGCAAAAUACUAGGGCCCACCUUCAAGCCAUGGAAAUGAGAUUACAAGGAACUGAAAAGAAGCAGCAAAAGAUGAUGAGUUUUUUAGCAAAAGCAAUGCAAAAUCCUGAUUUUGUCCAGAAGUUAGUGCACCAUGGGAAAAGGAAAGAUCUUGAAGAAUGUAGUAUUAUGAACAAAAAGAGACGAAUGAUUGACCAUGGUGAAGGGUCAAAGGUAAUUAAAGAUGAACCAGAAGAGUGGGAAAUGUCUGAGUUAGAUGCACUUGCUUUAGAAAUGCAGGGAAUUGGUAGAUCCAAAAGUAAUCAAGAGGAAGUAGCUAAUUUUGAUCUUGAUGAUAAAGAACUUGAUGAAGAAUUCUGGGAAGAAUUGUUUACUGAACAAUUUGGUAUGAUCGAAAAUGAAGGUUUAUAAAGUUGAAGGCCACAAGUAGCUAGAGAGCUGUUUCUACAUUGCUAUUGGUUCAUAAUCCAUGAAUAAUCACCUUCUUGAUCUUCCAUUGUUCUUAAAAAAACGUUUAUUCUUGAUCUUUGUAGCUAGGUACAGAUGAUGAUGAUGAUGAUGAUGAUGAAGAUUUUGGACAAAUUUCAUGCUGAUUACUAGAAGUUGGUUGGAUACAGAAUAUGAAAAGCACUAGCCCUUCACCAAAAUUUUAACUUUCUCAUCUCCUAAAUUCAUAUGUUUUUUUGGGUUAAUCUCAGUUUUUUUUAGAUCUGAUCCUCUCAUGUGAAUCUUAUCUUAAUUAUCAGAGUGGAAGCAUUUUCUUGGACAGAUUCAAGUGCUUGUUAAAGAUUGCCAUGAAGAAAGAUAACACAUCAGAAGAUUCUUUGGCUGCUAUUUGGAAGUCGGCUAAAAUAUACUAGUUAGGUGACUCAUGAUGCCUACUAAUUAAUGGUACACCUGGUAUUAAUUAUUAUUUGGUAUUUUUAAAUAAAAAUGAUAAUGAUUGUGGGACCUGUAUGCAUAUUCAUUAUUGUGCAAGAUAUUUUCAAUUUUAAACAGGAAUUAGGUAAAAUAAUUGACACAAGAAAGAAUCAAAGAGCCAUACAAUCUUUAAUAUGAGCCUAUGAGGUAUAAUUAAGUUGUUGUACAAUAUUGUUUCGUAUUUGAGAAAUGUUUUUAAUUGUAAACUAUUAUAGAAAUGUGAAAAAAUAAAAUAAACAGAUGUUUGGGAUA